AUAUACGCCAUAUAUAUGUUAAUAUAAUCAUAGCAACGAUAAUUAACAGCGUUACACAUAUGCAGUACCGCCAGAUCGGGGAAAUUGAGGGGAAUACAGUUACUCCCUCUUUGACAUUCCGCGGGAUUCUGCGGUGUUGUGGGGAUUGUUGGGGGAUAUCUGCUGAUGAGGAAUAGUGUCGUAGAAGGGGUAGGAAAGAGUGGGAGAAAAGACUUUUUCUGGCUUCACUAGUCAUGUUAUUUGAAUCAUAUUGCAUUUAACAAUGGUACCUUAAAAACGAACUGAUCCAAAAGUGAAAGAAAAAUUUAUUUAUUUUCAACAAUGUGUGAGAAAUUAAGUAAGUCAAAUAUUUAAUAUUCAUAUAACUAAAAAAAUACUCCCUGAAACCUAUGGAUAGCGGAUACUGAUCAAGAUAUCGUCAGUGACGAUAACAGUAGCAGUAGCAGCAGCGAUUUUCCAUCUUUUAAAAAACCACGUUUUCUGGAAAAGUGGCUACAAGAUCCGGAAAUGUCGAUGUGGUUGAGAAAGCAAGAUGAUAUACGUGCAUGGUGUACCAUAUGUGAGACACAUUUAAAAACUAGUGCUGGAAAGCAUGACUUAAAAAGACAUGCAAAUAGUCUGCAUCACAAGAAUAAUGUGCGUAGAAAGAUGCAAGUGAAAGGAGCAGAUACAAGUUCAACUUCACAAGUUUCCAAAAAUGAAAUUAAGGAAGCAGAAAUUAGAUACUGCUUAUUCGCAGUUGAACACAACAUUAGCUUUCAGAUGUUUCAAGCAUUAAGUAAAUUAAAUAAAAUUAUAGCUUCGAAACUACCAUUAAUGCAAUCUAUUAAAUUAGGAAGAACUAAAAUAAGAGCUAUCAUUAAGAAUGUAAUUAAUAAAUCUUUAAUUUUAGAUAUGAAGGAAAUGUUGAAAGAAAAAUAUUUUUCUCUUAUAAUUGAUGAAAGUACUGAUAAUACAAAUAUUAAAAAUUUAAGUAUUUUAGUUAGAUUUAUACAGAAUCGUAGUAUAGAAACACAUUUGUUAGAUUUAAUUAGAGUAAAAAAGCCUACUACCGAAAACAUGUACAAAUGUAUAAUAAAUAGUUUGAAUAAGUUUAAUUUAUCCGUUAGUAACAUAGUUGGGGUAGGUGUGGACAAUGCCAACAUUAUGGUAGAGGCCAAGAAUAUUUUAAUGUCACGGUUUAUCGACAGUAAUGAUGAAAUUAUAGCAGUCACAUCAAUAGAUAGUUUAAGAGAAGAUAAACCAGAAUCAUGUACACAAAUCAUAGAAUUUUAUAGAAAUGUUCAAAAAUUUUAUCAAAUUAAUCAUAAUGAUAAAUUUUUAGCUGCUUUGAAUUUCUUAAAUCCAGAAGUAGCACUUGAUAAUGCAAAACAUACAGACCAAAUAGAAAUUCUCUUAAGAAAAUAUCCUUCAAAAUUUAAUACUGAAAAAAUGAUCAAUCAAUGGUUUUUAUUGUCCAAGAAACCUACCGAAAAUGAACAAAAAAAUUUACGAACAUUAGGAGUAAUUGAAUUUUGGUUUAGUGUAAGCAAUUUGAAAGAUGAUUUAGGCAACUUGUUAUAUGAUGAAAUUGGAAAACUUGCAUUUCUAUGUCUUUCACUACCACAAUCAAAUGCAGAUGUGGAAAGAUUUUUUUCCAUGAUUACAGAUAUAAAAAAUAAAAAAAGAAAUAGAUUGGAUACACAGAUGAUUUGUGCUAUGACACGAAUUAAAUUAUACUUACAAUCAAAGCACGUUGAUGCGUGCAGUUUUAAAAUAUCAAACCAAUUAUUAGAUUCUUUUAGUUAUGAAAUGUAUCACAAAGAAGAAAUCCCGUCAGAAUUAAAGGGAAUCUUGCUCCCUGAUGAAACUGAUGAAAACGACUGUGACAGUGAUGCAUUAUGAGUAUUUGUUUGUUGAUUGUAUUUUAUUGCAUUAUAUAUAAUUGUUUAUUAUAUUUGUUCUUGUAUUUAGUAUUCAGUUUUACAAUUUGUUUCAUCU